UGUGUUGGUCUGUAGUAAACUAAUCAACCCGGAGCGACAGAUCGAUAAACACAUGGACGUGCAGUUCUGCCCGGUAGAUACUGUUUAUUCUGCUUACUGCUCAAGGCGUCUAUAAGUUAGAAAAACAAUACAGUAACACGUUUUACUAGUUUGCAUGAUAUCAGAACCUCUAAGUAAAGCAAGGCUAUUUACAGCCUGGCUACAUAGGUUAGCUAACUAACUAAGGUUAAGUGUAUUUUCUGGCGGACAAGCUGCUGCUGCGUGUGUGUGUGUGUGUGUGUGAGAGAGAGAGAGAGAGAGAGAGAGAGAGUGUGUGUUACUAAUGUCAUAAGUGUUUGACUGGGACUGAGUUCACGGACGCUUGAGCAUCAUGGAAGAAUCAGCCAGUUGUAAAAGGAAGCGAGCCGACUCUCCACUGUCCGCCAUCGGUAAUAAAAAGGAAAAGCCGCAGAAGGCGCCUCGCUUUACUCGGCCGCGCGAGCAUCGCCGCGAGCCCGUCACCCUGAACGAGCUGACCGCUCUGCUGCUCUACGCCUCACUCGGGAAAAGACACGGCGUGGACAAGCCCAGUUGGUGCCGGCUCCACCGUCAGGGCAGAGUGGCGCGGGUGCACGUGGUGAUCCUGGAGGGUGUCACGCAGCUGCAUUUUUACAGAUAUUACUCCCAGUUCAAACAGCUCAGGAGGUCAUACACUGCUAGAUGCACUCUAGUGCCCUCCUCGUGUGAUCUGGUCUCUACACUCCUCAGUGCUGAACUACCAGAUCCUCAGGACUCACAUCCAGACAUCCAGACUACGACCCCUACAGCUGAUGUUAUAUGGCACCCUGUAGCGAGGAGGUAUGGCCUGAAGAGGAGAGGAUUGAGUAGCUACCUGCUGACUGAGGAGGAGAUGAUCAGGAAAAACUUUCCAGUCAAGGGUGUGCAGGGUUGCGAGGCCUUUGUGUGCACCCAGGCUGAUGAUCAUGUGACUGAUAGCAGUCCUCUGUAUGGACUGGAUUGUGAGAUGUGUGUGACACAGGCUGGUACUGAGCUAACCCGUGUGGCAGUGGUAGACAGCAGAGGGUGCUGUGUGCUGGAUGAACUGGUGAAACCAUCCAACCCUAUCAUCAACUACUGCACCAAAUUCUCAGGCAUCACCCAGGCUAUUCUAAAGCCAGUAACCACUCGCCUCCAAGAUGUCCAAACAAAACUCGUGGAACUUUUGCCACGGGAUGCGGUCCUGGUUGGCCACUCCCUCGAUAGCGACCUCCGUGCCCUGAAGAUGAUCCACCCUCAUGUGAUAGACUCUUCUCUUCUCUACCGCAGAGAGUUUGGGCAGAGAUUCAAACUGAAGUAUUUAGCCCAGGUCAUUUUAAAGAGAGAGAUUCAGACUGAGGAGAGGACAGGUCAUGACCCCUGUGAAGAUGCUUGUGCUGCUCUGCAGGUGGUUCAGUACUUCAUCAGCAAGGGACCACGACAAGUUCUUCACUACCAUCUGGAGGAUCUAUGGGGAGUGAUUCCCAGACCCCAGCAGGCUUUAAACGAAUCACUACACAAUCACACAAUAAGCCCUCUCAGGUUUGGACAGGCCUUGCAUAAGGAUGGCCAAUCAGUUCUUCUUCUGGGCAAAUCAGCCAAGAGUGACAACCUGACCUCCAGUCAGGUGUGGCGCAGACAUAGCUGCAACACAGAUAAGGAGUGUGUGUGUGUGUUUAGGCGGAUUGCUCAGACUUAUUCUCUCAGUGUGAUUCAGUUCUCCUCACUCAGUGACGUCCUUAACCAAUCUACAGAAGAAAGAAAAGACAGUCACCUCCAGCAGAUGUUGGACAGGCUGGAGCAGAUGUGUGUGUUGUUCUUGGGUCCUUUACCACGUGACUACACAGAAAGGAACCUCCACACUCUGCUCAGACAUUAUGGAGGCUUGCGGAAAAUCAGACUUGUGCAGACAACACACGGGCUUUAUGCACGGGUUGAGUUUAAGCAUUUGGAAGGAGCUGAGCUUGCUUUGCACUCUCUCAAUGGACACCAAAAACUCAAUCAAAUGAUAAAGGCGCAGCGUCCGCUCACUGAGGCCACCCUGGAUUUGGAAGCUUCUCUGGCUGAGCUACAGCGCGACGUGAUGAAUGGUCACAUGAUCUAUGUGGGUGGGAUUUCCCCCCAUCAUCAUUCCUAUGGUGAUCUGUUCCAGGUCUUCAGUUCAUUUGGCCCCAUUGACAGUAUUGUCACACCGGCAAAGAACUCUGGGAAAUGUAGGAGGCAUGCACACAUCGAGUUUGUCAGUGCUGAGAGUGUACUGGUUGCUGUCAGAUCUCAGGCAGAGAUUGGAAACAGGAAGCUUAGUGUGUGUCAUGCACUCACGCCCCCACAUAUGCACACAUGGACACACACACACCCUGUCUCCAUUGUUAUGGGCGGAGAAACGGAUGAUCCAAGGGAGGGCGAUGGUAGGGAGCUGGAGUCCUCUGGGCUCACCUGUACACAGGAUGGGGAGAUGGAGCGUGUGAUGAGGACAUUGGACAGGAAUGUGGGGAAGAUGUUUAAGGCACUGGAAGACAAAACCCUGAGCAUUGUAAUUCUGCCAGGAUGCAGGAGGGGCAGUGUGGAAUAUUCUGGUCUCUGUUUCAUUGAGGUGAAGCAGGUGUGAGUGGAGUCUCACCCAGUGCUGCUGUUAUUCACCUCUCAGAAAGGUCAGAUGACACAUUUUCCCGGGCUGUCUUGAGGGCUGCCAUGGUAACGAAGAAUGCAUGGAAGGCCUUCCUUUAGAUGUUUGUUUUUAAAUGAGGAUGAUUUUACUAAUGACACUUUGUUUACUGUCUUGGACCAAAUACCCCACAAAAUAAGAUUACAUCCAGAGCAGCUCCAAGUUCAUGUUUUACUAUCAAAGUUAAAGACAUUGUAAUGCAUUUGUUACCUUUUGCUAGUAAAAUUUAAAAUUGGUCUCUUA